AUGGAGCAAUGGGUUCCGUUGUUCGACAUUUUCAUGAAUAGCCCAACACCAGAAACCGAGGCAUCUCUCUGGCUGCAACAAAAUUUCAAUGCGACAACAGCGUCAUCAUCAACAGCAACUCCAAUCACUACAAGCUCUUUCCUCUCUUUGCUUACCAAACCCUGCAACCCGAUUGUCAAAGACUCAUCUUUUUCUUCAGCUACCACAUCAAAAAGGAUUAUGUUUAUAGAGACUCUACCAGGUAUGGUUCAGUCAAGAAUAUUGUCGUUUCUUGCUUUGGAGAAUAAGAGGUUUAAUGCGAAGGAGUUAUCUAAGUUAGCACGUAAUUUGUUGAGCGAAAGUCAAGGGCUUGAUCUUUGGGUGAAGAAAUCAGCACGGAACCUGCUCGAUAGAAUGUCUGAACCAAAAUAUGUUAACGAGUGGAUUCCCGAUUUUAGUCUGGACUCUCGUGAAGAAAUAGUCGAAGAGUUCGAGUACUUGCCGGAUUGGCUCAAUGACAUGGCUGCAGCUGAUGAUCCGCUUCUGUAUUGGCUACCUUUAUCCGGAGCUGAUUUUUGUCCGAGGUUUUAUAGCUCGGACAAUGAUGAGACAUUGUUCAGUCAAGUUGAAGAAAACAAAGACAAUGGUUUGAAGGAAGUCGAGGACAAGACGGAGGUGGUUAGCGCUCUGAAUGUGUCUUUAGAUCCUGAAAUUGAAACUACGGCUGUUAGUUUGAGAGACAGGAUUAUAAACUUUGAGUCUACUUUCAAAGCUGUAGAUUUAGCAAAUGAAACUCGCCAACUUUGCUUGGACAAAGGAGUGAACCCUUUACAAGUUAUGAGUUUGAUCGAGCCUUGGAAAGCCGAGGAUGAGACUGCGUCGGUGCUAAUUUCUCAUCUUUCGAGUGGGGAUGAAGAUGAGCUUGCUUGGCCAAGUCAGGUUCUCUGCUCAAUCGUGCUUCCCAAGUUCUUGGUUCUAGCAGAGCCAGCUUCUCGCCUGCUACUGACUUCGACGAUCAGGUAUUGCAAGCUUCAUCAGAGGGCUGCAGCACACGGGUUAUUGCUUCCACUCGUAUUGCGAAGAGAGGGUAUCAAUAACCCGAUCUGUGACGUGAUUACCAGGAUCCUGAAGGAAUGCCUGCACCCGGCUCACGUUUCCGCCUUCUGCCGGACACUUCUUUGCGGAGGAGAAGUGGAGAGGAGAUUCAUCUUGCUUCCAUGUCACGAAUCGCUCGUCUCAAACGAAUUGGUAUGGACAGAUUCAUUGUUUAACCUUUUACACAACAUCUUAAAUCAUAAUGUUCACUUAACUCAGGAUUCUGUUGAUCGUCUAGUGUACCGUGUUAGGGAAAUGGCUGAAAGAUUUUCCAAAUCUUUAAAAUUUGGGAAUUUCGUGUUAUGUUUGGUCACUAAAUGUUCUUCGCUGCUCAAGUCGCAUAAGAGCUUAUUGACCGAAGCGGUUGAGUGCACCGAUACCCUUGUUACAAAAUCCAUAUUAUUUAGAAUAGCUAGCUUAUAAAUAUUAGA